UUGCUGUUGAUCAUCUCGCUUUACAUUUUUAGGAUCGUUUUAGUGAACGAAGAAUAUGGAACCAAAUUCAACAUCUUUGAACAACUCUAAUGGGACAGUCCCUCUGAAAGCUCACAGUUUAUGGGAGGUUAUUACCAUUGCUACAGUCAGUGCCAUUGUUAGCUUGAUCACAAUUGUUGGAAACAUCCUUGUCAUGGUUUCAUUUAAAGUCAACAGUCAGCUAAAAACAGUGAAUAAUUAUUAUCUACUGAGCUUAGCUUGUGCUGACCUCAUAAUUGGGAUCUUCUCAAUGAAUCUUUACACCUCCUAUAUUCUGAUAGGUCAUUGGUCCCUAGGCAGCCUUGCUUGUGAUUUAUGGCUUGCUUUGGAUUAUGUGGCCAGCAAUGCCUCUGUAAUGAAUCUUUUAGUAAUUAGCUUUGAUAGGUACUUUUCUAUUACAAGACCUUUGACUUAUAGAGCAAAGCGCACACCUAAAAGGGCUGGACUCAUGAUUGGGUUGGCCUGGUUUAUUUCUUUCAUAUUGUGGGCUCCAGCUAUCCUAUGCUGGCAAUACUUUGUAGGAGGACGCACAGUACCCCCAGAGGAAUGUCAAAUCCAGUUCCUUUAUGAACCAAUCAUUACCUUCGGAACUGCCAUUGCUGCCUUCUAUCUCCCUGUUUCUGUUAUGACUAUUCUUUACUGUCGCAUAUACAAGGAAACAGAGAAGCGCACCAAAGAUCUGGCCGAGCUGCAAGGCUCUGAAUCUGUUGCUGACUUUGAAAUGAUGAGGCCACAAGGAACUCUUUUCAAGUCAUGUUUUAGUUGCAAACAGCAAACACGCACCAAAAGGGAGAGGUGCCAGGCAUCAUGGUCUUCAUCCAGUCGCAGUACCACUACUACUGUUAAAAUAACCCAUAGCCCUAAUACAUGUAAUGAGUGGAUCAAAGAAGAUCAGUUGACUACAUGCAGUAGCUACCCAUCCUCAGAUGAUGAGGACAAACAAACAAAGGAAGCUGUUUUCCAGGGUGCCUAUGAGAACCAAACUGAAGCUCAGAAGGAGGAAGAGACCAAGCAGAUACUAACAAAGGAGCAGCCAGGGCUGAGUAAUUAUGAAAGUGAGCGAUUCUUCUUAACACCUGGUAAAGGUCACUCACAGAAAAGUCCAAAGUGUGUCUCUUAUAAGUUCAGGAUUGUGGUUAAUGAUGAUGGCUCCCAGGAGGUAAAUAAUGGCUGCCGGAAAGUAAAAAUCACCCCAUGUUCCUCUAUGUCCAAAGGUCACUCAUUGCGAAGCAUGGACCCUAGCAUUAGCCAUCAGAUCACCAAGCGCAAGAGGAUGGUUUUGAUCAAGGAGCGCAAAGCAGCACAGACACUAAGUGCCAUUCUAUUAGCAUUUAUCAUUACCUGGACUCCUUAUAACAUCAUGGUUCUGGUUUCUACCUUCUGUUCUGACUGUAUCCCCUCAUCUUUAUGGCAUCUAGGCUACUGGUUGUGCUAUGUGAACAGUACAGUGAACCCUAUUUGUUAUGCUUUGUGCAACAAAACCUUUAGGAAAACUUUUAAAAUGCUGCUUCUCUGUCGAUGGAGAAAAAAAACCGUAGAGGAAAAAUUGUACUGGUAUGGGCAGCAUCCACCCUGUCACAACAAGCUGCCCUGAAGAUGCUGGAACUCUUCAUGGCAAAGUCAUAGCCCUCACAUUGUGUUGGCUUGGGGAUUUAAAUACAGCUCAGUGUCAAAAUCUUUUUAAAGCUGUACAGUUUCCCUUUAAAGAUGUGGAGUGUCAGCUAACCAACCUUUAUCUGUGUUUGGGCCCAUCUGUGAAUGUGUGCAAGUUCACGCAGGGCGGUAAUCUCACAGAUGCGGAACACUGCACACCAAAAUUAUUAGCUAUACUAAUGUUGCAAACAGGAUAACUGAUGCUUAGUAACAGUGCCCUAAUGUUGCAACCACAAGCUGCUGCAUGCCGAUGUUUUCCAGAGAGAGAGAUCUGGAAAGUACACACCACAACCAGAACUUUUCUAAAAUCAAGUUCCAGCCUUUUUUUUUAGUUAGAAAGCCUAUAAAUUGUUACCACGUUACUGUGCAGACAAUUGGGAUUAGUCCUUGUGAGUGCUAUACAUGAUAUGCUGCUUUUGGUAUGAGAAAUUCGUAAUAUUUGAUGUUGUUGUUCUCUUCAGAAAUAAACACCCAGUGGUGAUCAGGACGAAAAGUUGUAAUGUGAAGUAGGCUGUACAUAAUGCUUGUACUGUUGUAGUGAAAAAAAACCAGGAACAUUACCAUUUUCUUGUACGGUGGGAAGUGAUAUGCUUGUGACUGUCCAGUGAAACUUUAUGGUGAAAUUGUUUUGCUGAUCUCUGUGUUUAACUGUCCAGCCCUUUCCUUUCUCUGGGCCAUGAAGAGAUCAUGGGUGCUUGAGGAUGUCCAAGGAAGUAAUUAGUACUUACCAACCUGAAGGCCAGGGAGCCAUUUAGAAAUAACAAUUUACCAUUACCUAACAAUUCUUGAUAAAGUAAAGGGACAGAAACCAAGAUGUCAACAUCCAAGUAAUGCACAUGGAGAGCUGAAACUUUUAGGCCUAAAGUGACCUUCUGACAGAUGAAAAAUCAUGUUAACCUGUUUUAAAGCGAGAAAUAAAAAUGUAACUCUCAUUUAAAAAUUGUGGGGGAAAAACAGUAUCCAGGGUUUUGACAGCCAAUUACCGAAAUAGUAUCUCAAAUGGGAAACAAUUUACUUUUAUGAAUUUAUACAUUUAUUGGAAAGUCAUAAUAGGUAAUUAGCUGGGGAAAUUAGUCAUUAAGGAUAGUGGCACAUACAGGGGUUGAUUUUUUUAAAUGCAGGUAACAUUUCUCAACCUCUUUCACUUUCUUGCACUAGGGGAACAAUAAUAGAUUUUAUUCAUGUGUUUUUGGCCUAGCGCUAAAACAUGUUUUAAUGCAAUUCAGGCCAGGAAAAAAAAACUUGACCUUAGAUAAAUCUGCCCAUUUGGUUUUCACCCUGAUCCUAUGUCCAGGUUAAGAUGUAGCGUAUGAGUUGAGAAUCGGUUUAACUACAGAUUAGAGCGCAGAGCAGGCAAUUAGACCAGUCAUAUAUGUAGUCUCUAUGUCUAAUCAGGAUAAAUCCCUAAUUGCUCUGGAGAAGGUAUUUGUUCAGGAGGCAUUUCAGAAGAUGUAUCCAAGGUUCAUUAAAGCUGGGAAAUUUAAUGCAAGCUGACCGGGCAUCAGCCAUGUUCAUCUUAUAAUUCAAGUAACAAAGAAACUAUUUUUUUUUAUUGGAUUGGAAGUUGUCAAUAAAGGAAAGGUGUUACUUUAAGAAAAGGUUAUAUUGCCUCUUGAAAUGACCUUUGAUGAGCUUUUGCCAAAUUGGAUGACCCACCAUUUCUAGGAGAUUCGGGCACCAGAGUAUUAAUAUAGAUUAUGAAAAGCAGCUCAAUAGUUUCUUAUAGCAACUAAUCAUAUAUUUGCUUUAAUUUCUCAACUUUUUGGGGGCCAUUCUUAUAUUUCCCAGAUACUAAUUUGAUUGCGAAGGGCUCUUACGCUCUUCAACAGAUACAUCCCACAAUACAAAAGAGAUAGUACAAACAGGGCUCUAAAAGAGUCUCAGGGACAGGAGUUUAUCUUCCAUGUGAUACAUAUCCUCAGACUAGUCAAGGUCUCUGUAGACUUCUCAUUCUAAUAUAUUCUUCCCUGUGAAGAUGUUAAAUAUUUGAUAUUCAUCCCACUACAAGGAAAGGUCAGAGAAUGUUUCUAACCCUCCAGUCUUUCCCUUUUUUUCUGCAUUUUAUAUUGCGCUUCUUCAUUCAACAGCAAAUUUUCUUUUAGCAGUUCCUUUUGUGGCAUAGGAUAGGCCAUGCCAGGAAUCCCUCUGCAGCUGUGAACUCUAAGUCACAGUUGGCAGAUAUAGCUUAACAACAACUUGAGUUUAGCCAAUGAAAUUAAUUCUCAAUUUAGUGAUUUUGGUGAAACAACUAUUUUAUGUUAUUUUGAGGUUAUUCCGAACCUAGAACAUUAGUUAAACAAUAGGUCUGCAUAACUAUCAGCUCACACUGACUCUUCUGUAGUUACUUUCUAUGUAGUGCCCUGGUUUUCUUGCUGCUGUAGCUAAUUAGGUGUACAUGAAGUGUAAUACAUGUGGAAGCACACUGUGAGCCAAAGCCAAAGCUAGGGAUCAGGCUGACAAACUGUGCGUGGGUAUCACUUGUGCAUUCUAUAACUGUGACUAUAUCUGUUAGACGUUUACAUUCAUGUGGCAGGGCUGGGAUUGCCUUCUGUUCUAAAAACACAAUACGGACAUAAUAGCAGAAUAAAAUUACCCUUAGGUUAUAAAGUUAGUAUAACAUUAGUAUUUAUGUUUCUGACUUCUACUAUUACUAUUGGGAGUUACCUAUCCCUGCGUCAGUUCAGCCACAAGUGGAGGAUUACUAUUGGCACAUCCCUGUAUUAUACUCUGUGCACAUUAAACCAACAGCAGAGUCACAUUACCUUUUGGUUUUCGUAAAAUAUAUAUUUGUGUUUUUUUUAAGUCACUAUUUUAUUUGCAGCAGCAGCAGCAAUACUGCAGCCUCUGUGCUUUCAUCAAAUAUGUUUCUUGUCCUUGAAGGAUAGAAAUAAAUAUCAAUAAAAUAAAUG